AUGAGGACCCUUGCAUCCCAGACUCUCCUCCUGCUGCUCCUGGUCACCCUGGCUCUGACCAAAGGUUCAUACCGGCUGAGCCAUUUCCAAACCCUCCUGACCUGGCCCGGCCUCGUGGAAUCCCAGUUCAUCUCUGCCAGCUAUGUGAACGACACACAAUUCAUGGGAUUCAACAGCAGGGCAGAGAAUCUGAGCGUGGAGCACCGGGCACCGUGGGUGGAUCAGCAGGAGCCACAGUAUUGGUUGGAGGAGACACAGAGCAUCUUGCAAGAAAAAAAUUUCUUCCAAGAAGUAAUGAAGAAAGCGCUCCGCAUCUAUAACCAGAGCAUGUCUGGAUAUCACACAAUCCAGAGGAGGUAUGGCUGCAUUGUGCUGCCCAGAGGGUACUUCAAUCGCGGGUUCCACGAAUUAACCUUCGGUGGCCAGGAUUACAUCGCACUGAACGAGGACCUGUGCACCUGGACCUCGGCAUGCAAGGCUGCUAAGAGGAUCAGGCAAGAGUGGGAAAGGGCAGGGUUUGCAGAAGAGGUGAAGACUUACUUGAAGGAUGAAUGCGUUGAGUUGCUCCUGGCACAGCUGCACUACGGGGAGGAGAUUUUGCUGAGAACAGACGCUCCCAAAAUCCUUGUAACCCAUAAAGUCAGAACUGACAGAAAAAUCACCCUGAGGUGCUUGGCCCUGAACUUCUACCCUGCUGAGAUCACCCUGACCUGGCAGAGGGAUGGGAGCAACCAAACUCUGGAUGUAGAGCUGGUGGAGACCAGGCCUGCAGGGGAUGGAACCUUCCAGAAGUGGGCAGCUGUGGUGGUGCCUUCUGGGGAGGAGCAGAGAUACACAUGCCAUGUGCACCAUGAGGGGCUGCCUGAGCCCCUCACCCUGAGAUGGGAGCCUCCUCAGCCCUCGGUCCCCAUCAUGCCAAUUGUGACUGGCCCGGUCCUUGGAGCUGUGCUGAUCGGAGCUGUGGUGACUUCUCUGAUGUGGAAGAGGAGGACUAAAGGAUAGGACAGCUGGACUGAGACUAACAGGAUUUAGUCUGUUUUCCCUUUUCCCACUGUGGCCU